AUGGCGUGGACCAACAACAGACUCCUCUACCUCGCAGCGUGUUUGGUGUGUGUCAAUACUGGGGCGGGGGAGUCUAGUGAUCCUAGACAACUACGGUUUUCUACGACCACACCUGCUCCAAGCCUGUCAGUGCCCAUGGCAACACCUGCUCCAAGCCUGCAGGAGAGGUCCAACUUGGGGGCCAGGCAAGAGAGAGCCGGGAGAGACGAGGUCGCCGCCCUCCUGACGCUGUUGACCCUUGACCUCCCGCAACCCAACAUCUACCUCCUCCACGACCAGUCCUUCCUCGGUAAGUACACUGACCAGUCCUUCCUCGGUAAGUACACUGACCAGUCCUUCCUCGGUAAGUACACUGACCAGUCCUUCCUCGGUAAGUACACUGACCAGUCCUUCCUCGGUAAGUACACUGACCAGUCCUUCCUCGGUAAGUACACUGACCAGUCCUUCCUCGGUAAGUACACUGACCAGUCCUUCCUCGGUAAGUACACUGACCAGUCCUUCCUCGAUAAGUACACUGACCAGUCCUUCCUCGGUAAGUACACUGACCAGUCCUUCCUCGGUAAGUACACUGACCAGUCCUUCCUCGAUAAGUACACUGACCAGUCCUUCCUCGGUAAGUACACUGACCAGUCCUUCCUCGGUAAGUACACUGACCAGUCCUUCAUGGAUCAUGGUAGUGAAGAUGAUAUCUUAAAGUGGACGACGGUAGUGAAGAUGAUAAAGUGGAUGCUGGUAGUGUCAGGCGCGGAGGAGGUGUUGGGAGGCUUCCAGCAGGCCUCAGGGAGGCCCGUGACGGUGCUGAGGCUCUUCCAGGGGCACGACUCCCAGGGGCACGACUCCCAGGGGCACGACUCCCAGGGGGACGACGACCUCUCCCUGCUGCAGGGGGCUCUCACCCUCCCACAGACGCAUUCAGGCUUCAAGCACUUCCUUGUCCUCUGCUCGCUCAAACACACUCUCAGUGUCUUCCAAUAUGUGCGGGAGAAGCAGCUGGAGUCCCCGAGGCUGUGGUGGCUGGUGGUGGUGGUGGAGCCUGAAGCACCAGACACCCUGCAGCACCAGCUGUGGGAGGGAUCACUGGUGACGCUGGCGGUGAGGACCACACCCACCACCUACACCCUCAUGACCUCCAGGGUGGCCGCCUCCUCCGGCCUCCCUAGGUUGGAGGCCAUCGGCACCUGGGAAGUGGGCCCAGGAGGCCCCAGAGGACACCUGACGGAGCCGCUCCUGCCGGACCCCAACACGCUCUACGGGAACAUGGGCGGCCGUCAGCUGGUGGUGUCAGCCAAUGCUGACUGGCCCUUCUUCGGCCUCAAGCCCCUUCCUGGCGGAGGCGUUCAACCGGACUCCGGCAUCGAUAUCCAAAUUAUGAACACGUUGGGACAGUUUCUAAAUUUUACGUACCGGGUAGUGUCGCCCGCCGACGGCCAAUGGGGAGGGCCGCUACCAGACGGCAGCGUCUCUGGUGUGAUAGGACAGGUGGCGCGCAGGGAGUCUCACCUCGCCAUCUGCGAGAUUACAAUUACAGCGAACAGGGAGACAGUGGUGGACUUCACGACUCCAUACUACCUGGAGACUAUCACUCUGGUGUCCCGGGCACCUGCCGAGAAGAGCAGAGCUUUUGCUGUCUUCUCCACCUUCACCACAGAGGUUUGGGUGUGCAUCCUGGCGUCAACAGUGGCUGUUGGACCAUUGGUGAGCGUGGUGGGGCGUGUUGUGGCUCUCUAUACUGAGCGUCCUCCCCAUCGACAGCUGCCAGAGUAUUCCUUCCAUGUGUUCCGUAGUCUGGUGUCUCAGGGCAACCUCCUCCGACCCUCAAACUGGCCACACAGGCUUCUCUUCUUCUGCUGGUACCUCUUCUGCUUCUACAUCUACGCACUGUACUCGGGCACCUUGACGGCUGUGCUGGCCUUACCCACCUAUGAGAAGCCCAUUGAUGGACUGGUAGACCUGCCCAAGGCGGUGGCAGAAGGCUACACCAUUGGUACCAUCAGUGACACCAGCCUCGAGUUUAUCUUCAAGGAGGCGACGGAGGGCAUCUACAAGCAGGUGUGGCAGCUCUUCAACCACAAGGACCGCUCCAAGAGCUUCUUCAGGAGCCCCGACCUGGGCUUUGCUAAGAUCUUGGCUGAGAAGAAGUUUGUGCUGAUCAACUCCCAGCUCAACUCCGAGGUGCGGGCCGCCCAGCAGGGCCGCCGCAAGUUCUACAUGGCCCGCCAGACCUUCUACCCCCAGGCGUAUGGCAUCGCCUGCAACAAAGGCUCUCCAUUCCUCCCCAAAUUUAACCAGAUGUUGAGACGUAUAUCAGAAGCUGGGCUCAUCAUGCAAUGGAAGGAGCAGGAGAUAAGUAAAAUCUCUGGUGGGUCUUCCUCUUGGGACUCCACCCUGGACAGGAGGCCUUCAGCCAUCUCUAUGAAGCAUGUACAGGCAGCGUUCUUUGUGCUGGGGCUGGGAUUCUUGUUAGCGCUGAUGAUGCUGGGAGCUGAGUUAACUGUCAGCAGGCUAUGGUCACCCAAAACCUGGCUCAAGGAAGCAGAGCCGUCCCCAGCAUGGUUCAGUCGUCGAUAG